AUGCCUGGUGCAAGCCGUAUCAAUAAAUGAUUUACCAGAUACACAGCGACAGGUAGUCUAUCUAUCUACAGCAAGACUGGACUGCAUACACAGUUUACUGUAGCUUGCUUGCUUGUUUGCUCUCCAGGUGUUUUCAUCAAGAUGUGGCAUUACCUGGGCUUCUUACCUGUUCACACCUGGGUCCUAUUUCUACUCUUCCUGGUGCUGCUUUUAGUAUAUGGAUACUGGCCCUAUGACACCUUCCAGAAACUGGGCAUCCCAGGCCCAAAGCCUGUGCUGUUUUUUGGAAACAUGCUCAACUACAAAAAGGGUUUCCACAACUUUGACAUGGAGUGUUUCCACAAGUAUGGGAAGAUGUGGGGAAUUUUUGAUGGGCGGCAACCUAUCCUCUGCACCAUGGACACAGAGCUGAUCAAAACGGUCAUGGUGAAGGAGUGCUACUCCUAUUUUACCAACAGACGGAAUUUUGGUCUCAAUGGGCCCAUGUAUGAUGCAAUCUUCAAUGCUGAGGAUGAGGACUGGAGGAGGAUUCGCAGUGUGCUGUCUCCCUCUUUCACCAGCGGACGACUGAAGGAGAUGUUUGGGAUCAUGAAGUCUCACUCCUCCAACCUGGUCAAGAGCAUGAGGAAGGAUGCUAAUGUCAGCAAGCCUUCCAACACCAAAGAGUAUUUUGGUGCGUACAGCAUGGAUGUGGUGACCAGCACUGCGUUCAGUGUGGACAUUGACUCCCUCAACAACCCCAAAGACCCCUUCGUCACCCACAUCAAGAAGAUGCUCAAGUUUGACCUGCUGAACCCUCUCCUCAUUAUCGUCUUAUUCUUCCCUUUCAUGACACCUGUCCUGGAGAGGAUGGGGUUCGCCCUGUUCCCCCUAUCUGUGACAGACUUCUUUUACGCUUCCCUGAAGAACAUCCAGGCCCAGAGGGAGACCAUCACUCCUAAGAAAAGAGUUGACUUCCUACAGCUGAUGAUGGACUCACAGUCCACAAAGGCUAGAGACAACAUAACAGGAGAAGAGAUACACAAGGGUCUGAACGACCAUGAGAUUCUGUCUCAGUCGUUGCUGUUCAUCUUUGCUGGCUACGAGACCACCAGCACAACCUUGAACUUCCUGUGUUACAACUUGGCCACAAACCCAGACACCAUGAAGAAGCUGCAGGAUGAGAUCGAUGAGGUCUUCCCAGACAAGUCCGAUGUCCAAUACGAGCCCUUGAUGCAGAUGGAGUAUCUGGACUGUGUGAUCAAUGAAACCCUACGCCUCUACCCGCCCGCUGCUCGCGUUGACAGGGUCUGCAAGAAGACAGUGGACAUCCGCGGCGUCCUCAUCCCCAAGGGGAUGGUGGUCAUGGCCCCCACGUUUCCCCUCCAAAGAGAUCCGGACCUUUGGACCGACCCAGACACUUUCAAUCCAGAGAGGUUCAGUAAGGAGAACAAGGACAGCAUUGACCCCUAUUCAUUCCUGCCGUUUGGGAUUGGACCCAGGAACUGUCUGGGGAUGCGGUUCGCUCUGGUGAGCAUGAAGCUGGCCAUUGUGGAACUCCUGCAGAACUUCACUCUCUCCACCUGUGCAGAGACAGAGAUCCCACUGGAGUUGGACACGUUUGGGUUCAUGGCUCCGAAGAGAUCCAUCAAACUACAGCUGGUACCCAGAUCAUCUGCAGCUCAGCCCAGCCCCAGAGGAUGAACACACACACACACACACACACACACACACACACACACACACACACACACACACACACACACACACACACACACACACACACAC